ACAUCCUCCCCUUGCUCCUGCUUUCACUUCACUUUCUCUCUCUCCCUUUCUAACUUUCAUACAUUCUCUUCUCCACUAGAAAACUAAACCAGACCCGACCACAGAACUAUAGUCUCUCCCACAUCAUCUCUCUCCCUCUCUCUUUCUCUCUCUGCUAUAUAUCCGCUCUCCAAAAAGAGACCACCUCAUCUGCACCAAAAAAAAACAAACUUUCUCCAUAAACUUUCACUAUUGCAUUACGUCCUCCUGCCCACUCUCUCUCUUUCCUCUCUCUCUCUCUUAAUCUCUCUAUCUCAGAAUGCUUUCAUAAUAGUCGAACUUAUCAAUUGUGUCUUCCCCGUUUUAAGUAUUUCCUUGUAUCCUCCUCGUCGUCGUCGUCGUGUUGUUCUUGUCCUUCGCGAUUACAAUCAAUUAGCAGCACCCGAUUCGAAAAUAAAAUGAACAAGGCUGGCGGUGGCAGCGGUGGUAAUUCCUGUUUACGAGAUUACGGCCGGAUUUGCACCAUCUGCGGGACAUCCGCUACCGUGGUGGGUGGCAUCUACGCUAUAGCGGCCCUCUUGAUGAGGUAUUAUCUUAGUCCAGAUUCACUCCAAUAUUUUGAAAUGGUGCCUACCUACGUUCCUGCAAUUACGUACACCCUUUGCGGAUUGUUAACCUUGACCUUUUCCUGGAAGAGAUAUCGCAACUUUAUUAUGCUAAAAUUUAGCGCAUACUUGGCCCUGUGCAACUCCGUUUUGUCCUCGGUCUUUACCUUAGCAGUGAUCUUUGUUAACUUGAAAGUUUUUAACGCCAUGAAUACCGAGACUUGUGAAAUUAAUGCGAGCACCAAUACUUGCGGGUGUAAAGUGGAACCUUUUUCGCCUGCAUUUCCGAAAGAACAAACAAUAAUAUUUGAAAAUCUCUCGAGCACGUGUACUUAUCCUGUGGCCGUGUUAAGCUUUUGUCUCGUCCUUAUGGUUCCUACCUCAAUGUGCAGCGUGUUUCUAUCUCUCUUUAUGUACCGCUUGUUGGACGAGCUCAUCGAUUAAGGAAUUCUUAACUAGUUUUAGCCUAAAGUAAAAUCUACAAGUAAAAUAUUCAAGAUAAAUUGGUAACAAAAUUGUCACCGAGUGUCGACAAUAUGAAGCUUUACCGCGUUGGUAACGAUUUAUCACCGAACAGAAUAUCGAAAUUUGUAGCCAACCUUUUACGAGAGUUGUGACAUGUGAGUUAGCAAAUUUUUAGAGUUUUGCAGAAAUUAGCAUGCAAAUCGUUACGAACGCGGUAGACCUUCCUCAUCCUCACUCGGUAACAAUUUUAUUACCAACUUAUUUUGAGUAAAUAUUUCAGAAAAAAAUCAGCAAUACUUAAAGUUACGUAUGAAAAACUAACUAAUCCAUGCUAAAAUAAUUGGUGCCAAAAAUCUAAAAAUACCAAAAAUACGAAAGACUUCUUUUCUCAAAAUGUCGAUUACAAAAAAGUCGCUGUGAAAUCUAAAAUUUUGUGCCACACGUAAAAAAAAGACAACGCAAAUGAUUGUGACAGACGACAGCACAAAAAAUUUCUGGAAAUUUCGAAUAUUAUUUUAGACAUUGACACAUCUUAUGGCUUGUCAGGGUUCAUGGUCAUAAAAAAGCUGGGAAAUUAAUUUAUACAAGUUUUACGUAGACCAGAACACCACGACUGCAUUAUUAUUACAUAAUUGUUCUCAUAUAAUUAUGUUCGGCAGACUAACUCAAUAUUUAAUUGUGAUGGAUUAAUGACUUAAUUUUAAUUAAUUAAUUAUAAAUAUGUAAGUAGAAAUUUAUGUAAUGGAUGAGUACAAAUUUAUUUAUUUAUCAUACGUACAUAGACAAGAAUACGAACUUAUUAUUGAAUUAACCGGACAGAAACUUUUCUAGAUGUGUAUAUAUACUUUCGAAAACAAUUUUUAUAGAAAUUUAUGCAGGCCCAAAUUUUUAGAAGUUAUAUACAUAAAUGACAUUUAUGAAAUUGUAUAUUAAAUAUUGAUGCAGAUAUUUGUAACCGUAUAACCUUAGUAAACUUAUAAAUGGUUGUGCAUACAAGAUUACAAAGAUUACGAAGGAAAUUUCGCAUAUGAAGAGCAAAGUUUUUGGAGAAAUUCCAGUUGAAUUUUAUAAAGAGGUAAUUUACGAAUUUUUUGGUAACUUUGUAAAAUCCGUAAAUUUUGAGAAAAAACGUUACACACUUUUACAAAAUAAAAAGAUCUAAAAAUUCGUAAGCUAAUUUUCCUUGGAAAAUUUUGAAAGAGUUUGUAAGUUUACGGAUUUUACGUAGUUACCAAGGCCUGCGUGAAUUGGAUCUAAGAUUCAAAGUUUGUAAACCGUAAACUUAAUUCGCAAAAUUUCCCUUUUCACUAAAUAAUCGAAGCUCUUAAUAUGUGUUAGUUCAUGGUUGAUUUGUAAGCUUUGUAAUCUUUGUAAUCUUGCGGAAACAUUUGCAAGUCUGAGAAUUUUACUGGGUUACAAAUAUCCGCGUGAGAAACAGUCAGAAA